UCUACGGUAAUAAAAUAAGCCCUAGAAUGUCAAUUUUGCGACUCCAAACAGGGACUGUCCGGCAGGUCUUCUGCGUUCUGCCGCCGCUCACCACGAACAGAUUUCGCCUUUGUCUAGUUUGGAACUCCACACAUCGAUUGGUUCUAAAUUAGAACUUGUAAUCGAAAUCAAAGCAGUUCAGUAGCAAUGAAUUCAGCUCCAGAGAGGAUAACUUUGCCCUUGCUGCAGUCGAAGAUGAAGUGUGAUCCCGAAGGGUACGAGUGUGAGUUGGUUCUUCUCUACAACCAAUUCAAAUCAUCCAUGGAACUCUUUAAACAGCAAGCCUCUCUUCACUUCACCUCUGUCGGUGGCAUUGGUAGCGACCCCUCCGUAGCUAAGGACCUUAGUGACAGGGCGAUGUUUUUGGCUCAUGUUACUCAUCUUUAUCCGAAACAUCUUGUGGAAUUUCCCAAACAGUUGGCGGAUUUGCUCAACUCGUCUUCCAAGUCGCUGCCUUCGGGUUUACGUUGCCACAUAGCACAGGCUCUUAUACUUCUUGUUAAUCGAAAGAUGGUUGAUAUUCAGGACAAUCUUGCUUUGUUUAUGGAGUUACAGACCUUAGGUGACCGAACAUUAAGAAAAUUGGCAUUUUCUCAUGUUAUUCACAGCAUUAAAAAAAUGAAUCAAAAGCAUAAAAAUGAAGCAAAGAAUCGAGCUCUCCAGAAAAUUUUGUUCGCAAUGCUGCAAGAGGAGGAUGAAGCAAAGGCCAAGAGAUCGCUUAUAACUCUGUGUGAACUUCAUCGAAGAAGGGUGUGGUUUGAUGAAAGAACAGCAAAUGCUAUCUGUACUGCUUGCUUUCAUUCAUCACCAAGGAUUAUGAUUGCUGCCGUAUCCUUUCUUCUUGAUUAUGAGAAGAUUGAAGAUGGUGAAGAUGAUAGUGAUGAGGAAAGUGAUGAAGAUGAUGCGGCUUCUCAAACUCCUCAAGUCGUUCUCAGCAAGGAAUUGGUUUAUAAGGCACACAACAAAGGUACAUCAGCUAGCAAGAAGAAAAAAAAGGCAAAACUGGAACGAGUCAGGCGUAGUAUUAAGAGGCAGCAACGCUUGUCAUCAGAGAGAGGCAAUUCAAGUUAUUCUCCACUUAACCAUUUGAUAGAUUCACAGGGGUUUGCAGAAAAGUUGUUCGCUCGACUUCGUGCUUGCAAUGAGCGAUUUGAGGUUAAGAUGAUGCUGCUGAAAGUUAUUGCUAGAACAGUUGGGCUUCACCGCUUGAUUUUGUUAAACUUCUACCCUUUCCUUCAGAAGUAUGUUCAGCCUCAUCAACGUGAUAUCACAGAUUUACUUGCAUCAGCAGUCCAGGCCUGUCAUGAUAUGGUUCCUCCCGAAGCAGUUGAACCUUUGUUCAAACAGAUUGUAAAUCAAUUUGUACAUGAUCGUUCACGAACAGAGGCUAUUGCGGUUGGGCUCAAUGUAGUAAGGGAGAUAUGUAUACGAAUGCCUUUGUUAAUGACCGAAGAUUUGUUACAAGAUCUUGCGUUGUACAAGAAAUCACAUGAGAAGGCAGUUUCAAUAGCUGCACGAUCACUUAUUGGAUUAUAUAGAGAGUAUUGUCCAUCUUUGCUGACUAAGAAGGAUCGUGGGCGCCCUACUGAUCCAAAGGCUAGACCUAAAGCUUAUGGGGAGGUAGCUGUAGCAUCCAAUAUUCCUGGUAUCGAGUUAUUACAACACGCUGAUGGUGACAAUAGUGAUGAUGACGGUGAUGACAACAGUGAGACUAUUGCAAGUGGAUCUGCUGAUGACCUCGAUCAAGUGGUUGAUUCCAUUGCAAGUGGAUCUGAUGAUGACCUCGAUCAAGUGUUUGAUUCCAGUGAUGAUGGUGAUAGUCAAAUGUCCAGUGACAGUGGGACCAGUGCCAAGGAUGAAUUGAUAGAUGUAGAUUCAGCACCUGAAGUUGAUUCCGAUGAAGGUACAGAUGAUGAAAAUGCUGACGAUUCUAGUGGGAUGGAAUCGGAGGAAGAUGAGGAGGUUGAGGAUAGUGGCAUGGAAGAAGACACAGAGUAUAAAGAAGAGGCUUACAUGGACGCUAGAACUAAUUGUGGAGAUUCUAAGCUGAAGAAAAGGAAACAUUCUGAUUUUGACCAACAACUUGUUACUGCCAAUUCAAGUCUUCGAGCAUUGAAGAGACUAGCAAGUACAGCUGUGGAAAAAUCAUCAGAACCAACCGAUGGCAUUCUUUCCAAUGAAGAUUUUCGAAGGAUCAAGGAAUUGCAGGCAAAGAAAGAUGCAAAAAAUGCUUUGACUCAACAUGGUUUGUUGAGAAAUGGUUCAGACACAAAGCGGACAUCUAAGAUUCCAAAUACAGAUGAAUUGAGUACAAAGCGAGUGGAUCCUGCCAAACUCGAGGUUCAUAUCCGGAGAAGGGUAACCAAGGAAGAAAAAUUAGCAUUAGUUAAGGCUGGGAGAGCGGAAAGAGGAAAGUACCAAGCACGUGCUGCUAUCAAACAAAAGAAGACGGGAGGCUUAAGCAAUCGGCAGAAAGAACACAAGAAGGCAAUGCCGUUAGCUGCAAAACGAUCUAAAGUUGCGAAAUCUCGAGUUGACAAGAAGAAGAAGAAUCAACGCUCAGGCAAACAGUUUAGAGGGAAGAAAGCCUGGAAGCAGUGAAGAACUGAAGACAACCAAUUUUGAUAAAUUAUGUGCUCUCGUCUUAUUUUAUUUUAAGAAUGUAAUGGCAAAUUUUGUUCAAUUAUUGCCUUGAUCCAACUGCUCUUAUUAUUAUCAUCCAUCAUUCAUUUGCUGCCCGCUCCAUCCCAAUAAUAAUUUAUCCAUGCAUUCUGUGAUUGUGAAAUUUAUACACAUUCUAUUUGUUUGGAUGAGAGGAUUUUGGUUUCUCUCGUCCAAGGAAAAAUCGAAAAAUGAACUGAUAUUUUGUCGAUGGUCA